AUGGGUUCUACCAACAUCAUGCCAAAACUCAUCCUCUAUCGAACAAACGGCUCUUGCUCUCUCAUCCCUCACGCCAUUCUCCUACACUACAAAAUCCCAUUCAACACAAUCCGUCUCAAACCAGGCCCAAAUGGUUAUGAAGCCGCGGACGGAAGUUUCACAAAUGAUGAAUACCGCGCCAUACACCCAAGAGGCUACGUCCCCGCCUUGGCUGUCGACAACGAAAUCAUCACCGAGAUGCCAGCUAUUCUGAGCUACAUAUCCUCCCUCGUCCCAAAAGAGAAUCUUUUAGGUGCGACGACGUUUCAAAAUGCCAAGGUCAUGGAGUGGCUGGCAUUUCUAUCGGGGACUUUACAUGGUCUUGGAUAUGGUGCUUGGCUACGACCGGGGAGGUUCAGCGAUGAUGUAUCGGCUCAUGAUGGCAUUCGCCUUAAGGGAAAGGGUGUCAUACAUGAAUCCUUCAAGAGGAUUGAUGAUUGUUAUAAAGAGAGUCUGUUUGCCGUUGGGAGUACUUUGACGGUUGUGGAUUUUAAUGUCUAUGUUUUCGCACGUUGGGCGCAUGAAGUGGCUAUUGACUUGGAGAAGGAGUAUCCGUUCUACUACCAACAUUUGAAGAGAAUUGAGAAAAUGGACGGCGUCAAAGAGGCAGUCAAGGCUGAGGAGCUAAGCCUUGCAUUUUUCUAG